AGACUUCGAGUACGACGAAGACGAGGAGAUAUAUUAUUAUCCAUGUCCCUGCGGCGAUCAAUUUCAAAUAUCCAAAGCAGAAUUGGUCGCUGGAGAGGAGGAGGCCACAUGUCCUUCGUGCUCCUUGAGUGAAUGAUUGAAUAACGAUCUAUUAUCGAAAAGUAGAGAGUACAAUUACUAUGGCAUCACGUGGUAGAGGAAGAGGUAAACCCUCCAUGUCGAUUAGUACGGAGCAGCUGGGGUUUUCCAAAGGAGAAGCCUUGCCACCGCCUGUUUUACAACCUCCGCCUAAGUAUCCAGUUCUAGAGUACAAACCGUUACCUUUAACUAUCACAAACGAAAUGAGCUACUUAUUGGAACUGAAAAGAGAGUUUGCGGAAUUCAUGCGGGAGUCUCCUAAUAACGUGGUUCCACACGUGAUCAAAAAAGAUAUCGAUCGAUAUUCGGAUCGAUAUCAAGACUUGAUAACCGACAAGAGCGGGUACGAAACCAGAUACGAUUGGAGUAGAAUGCCAGCAGAGUUGAAGCCAUUGCAACGAAAACGUAAAGGAUCAAGGAUUAAGAAGCCUGAGGAGAAAAAGAAGAACGUCGACGUAGAAUCUAAACUGAAAGAAUUAGAGAACAAGGAGAGUACGCAACAAAGCGACGCGGAGGAGGAUGGUAAAGAGGAAGAAGAGACGGAGGAGAAGGAAGAGGAUCACGUGGAAGACGAGGAGGAGGAACCAGACGAGGAAAUGGACGAAGGAACGGAUUACGUGAACAAUUACUUCGACAACGGAGAAGGUUACGACGACGAAGACGAUAAUUUGGACGAUGGACCUAUUUAUUAACGUAUAAUUUUUUAUAAGAAUUGGAAAUUCCUCUUGGUUCUCAAUUAUCGGACUAAGAUACUUACAAGCUGUUAGUUGAGCACUGCACGGCAAUGUAUAUAUUCUCUUUGGUUUGUUCAUUGUUUACCGAACACUCAAUCAUGUGUACAGACAAUAAAUUAUUAUAAUGCUUAAACAACAA